AUGAGACCCAAAGCAUGGACCCUAGGCAUCGAGUUCAAGCUCUACAGGAACCUGGCUCACGACUUCUGCUUUGAGCAAAGACUCAGUGUUGCCAAGAACGCAUCGAUUUCGUCACAUCACACGCACCACUUAGACGCGUCGAUUCCAGUGCGGUGGGAGGUGUGGUGUAAGCUUCGUGGUGCGAUUCACAAUGGUGCCGUGGCUGUGGGAUUGCCAAGGGAGGCCACGGUGGCUCGCGGAGGUCUAGGGCUAUCGCGUGCGACUCAGGCUAGUCGUGGCUGGUCAUGGGGUGACGAAUUUGGGGCUGAAAUCGAUGGGAAUUGGUGA